AUUUUUGACAUUUCUCAUUUUUUUAUAGAAUAUUUUUCUGUUUACAAAACGUUUAAAAAGAAUUAUUUUCCAUAAUUUCCAAUUUCUACUUUUUACCUGAUAAAUAAAUAAAAAUCCUUAACCAUGUCGUAUAUGUUACCACAUUUACACAACGGAUGGCAAGUCGAUCAAGCUAUUUUAUCCGAAGAAGAUCGAGUUGUGGUUAUCCGCUUCGGUCACGAUUGGGACCCUGCUUGCAUGAAAAUGGACGAAGUUAUGUACAGUAUUGCCGAGAAAGUGAAAAACUUUGCUGUCAUCUAUCUCGUCGACAUUACCGAAGUUCCUGAUUUCAAUAAAAUGUACGAAUUAUACGAUCCUUGCACGGUGAUGUUCUUCUUCCGCAACAAACACAUUAUGAUUGAUUUGGGAACAGGAAACAAUAACAAAAUCAAUUGGCCACUCGAAGAUAAGCAGGAGAUGAUUGACAUUGUAGAAACAGUCUAUCGUGGAGCGAGAAAAGGUCGCGGUUUGGUUGUUUCACCUAAAGACUACUCAACAAAAUACAGAUACUAAAAUUUCAUUAUUUCUAAAACAAUUGUAAUUUUAUUUUUAUUAAAAAAAAAACACGAAAAUAAACUAAGACUAAAUUAUUUAAUAAUUCCCAUAGAAUUAUAUUUGGAA